CCUUGACUUUGAACUGUCGGAUCUUAGACUUUGAACUUUGAAACCUUAGCCUUGAACUUUUGUAACGUGUUUUUGCUAGCGAUCUUUUGCUCAGAUUUUGCUCUCGUUUUGUCUCAGGCUCAGUCAUCUUUCCAUACACCACCUCCUCGCUGAGACCUUUUGGAUUUACUACUCGACCAUACUACGUCUGGACUUCACUCCCGGUUCCCGUCCUCCUCACGGCACUAACUGCUCCCAGCACUACAGGCUCUCUCUCUCCUUCCCUCCGGUUGUAAAACCUUGCCGAUCUUCAUCACCCCGGAAUACUCAGUCACUCUCCCAGCUCACCCCUCCCUGGAGAUCCUCCAUCACGCUACAUCUACGCUGCUCCCGUUUACCCAUUCACUGGAUUUCCAGUGCACCCUAAGUUCUAGUUACCAAAUAAAUCUUUAUUUUUUCACAUCCUGCUCCAGUGUGUUGAUUCUGCAUGUCUUGGGUUAAAUCAUUACCUCAGAUCAUGACAGAAUCAUCCGGCCAAGACGUUAACCCAGCAGAAUCGAUACUCACCUCUCUUUCUCACAGAUUAGCCCAGCAGGAACAAAUCCUCCCGAAACUCAUGGAGCAGUUAACCCAUUCCAACCAACGCUGCCAGCAGUUGGAGACAAUAGUUCGGCAACUGCAUGAAUCCAUUUCUACGACUCGUCCCUCCAUAUCCUCCUCGAAUUCACAGUUAAAUCCAACCACUGCUACAAGCAUUCAUGGAGCUGAAGCUACAAGCUCCUCAGAGGAGACUCAUUUCCGCGUUGCCCCGUCACCGGCGACAACCACCUUCGGAGGUGAGUUUGAGGAGUGUCACAGUUUCCUGCUUCAAUGCAGAUUGGCAUUUGAACGUAGCCCUGCUGCUUUUAGAUCUGAUUCAGCCAAGAUCUCCUAUGUUGUUGGACUUUUACGGGGCAGAGCCUUAAGAUGGGCUGAGGCCAAGAGCCACAAUGAUUCAUUUUUACAUGGACUCUUUAAUGACUUUGUGACAGAAUUCACCCAGACGUUUGGCAGUGUGGAAUCUGUUUCUGACAUCAGGAGGAAACUAAUAAAUCUCUCCCAAGGCAGACGUUCUGUGGCAGACCUGGCUGUGGAUUUUCGAAUCUUAGCAGCACGCACGACUUGGGAUGAGGAUGCCCUUAUGGGGGUGUUCACUGAGGCCCUGAAUGACAGGAUCAGGAACCAGCUGGCUCUUUGCCCCGAACCCAAAUCGUUGGCUGAAUUAAUCAGGCUGGCCAUGUCAAUAGACAAGCGUCACCGCGAGAUGAGAAGAGAGGAGUUGGUGACCCCUCUUCCUGUUCCAGAACAUUACUCCGGGGCCAGGGGGCGUUCCACACCCGAACUCCUACCCAAGGACGAACCCAUGCAAAUGGGCAGAGCCAAACUCACUCAGGAAGAAAAAGAGCACCGACGCAAGAUGGGACUCUGUUUAUAUUGUGGAAUAGCGGGACAUGUCGUGAACAACUGUCCCUCUCUGGUAAAAGGGGCACGCCCACCGGUAAGACCGGGUCUAUUGGUGGGCGGUAACCUGAUUUCUUCUGUGACCCGGUGUUCUUUGCCAUGCACUUUGUUUUAUCAAUCUAAGCAGAUUCCUCUUGAAGCCCUAGUGGAUUCUGGGUGUGAGCAAUCGUUAUUGGACCCUCGACUGGUGACGGAAUGGGGAAUUCCCACAACGAAGCUCUCUACGCCUCGCUCUGUCUCUUCCCUGGAUAACCGCAAUCUCUCAUCCAUAACUCUCCAGACGGUUCCUCUCCGCCUUCAGGUUUCAGGUAACCAUGUGGAGACUCUCACUUUUUAUGUGUUCCCUUCCCCUCAGUCUCCACUGGUGCUAGGACAUUCAUGGCUUGUCCGCCACAACCCCAUUCUCGACUGGAGGGAGAACAAGAUCAUUGGAUGGGACCCAGAGUGCUCGCAGUUGUGUCUGCGCUCCGCAGCUCUGCCUAGCCGUGGACCUGUCAAUCCCCCUGCAGAAAACAUCGAUCUGGCUACGGUACCACAAGUUUACCAUGAUCUGAAACUUGUUUUUAGUAAAGACCGUGCUUCUUCAUUACCCCCACACAGACCGUUUGACUGUGCCAUAGAUCUAUUACCCGGAGCCCCUCUGCCUUCCAGCCGUUUGUACCAACUGUCCAAACCGGAGAGAGAGAGCAUGGAGGAGUACAUCCAGGACUGUCUUGCAGCCGGCACUAUUCGACCGUCAUCCUCCCCUCUGGGUGCCGGCUUCUUUUUCGUGCCUAAGAAGGACGGUUCCCUCAGGCCCUGCAUUGACUAUAGAGAAGCUGAAUCCGCUUUUCAGGUUCUGAAGAAGAGAUUUGCCGACGCACCCAUCCUACACCGGCCUGACCCUCAACGUCAGUUUACACUGGAGGUGGAUGCCUCGGACACUGGUGUGGGGGCUGUGCUCUCCCAGGUGGCUGAAGAGGACAAACGCCUGCAUCCCUGUGCAUUCUUCUCACGACGCCUCACACCUACUGAGAGCCGUUACGACGUAGGGGACAGAGAGCUGUUGGCUGUGAAACUGGCCAUUGAGGAAUGGAGACAUUGGUUGGAGGGGGCUGAACAACCAUUCAUCAUCUGGACUGACCAUAAGAACCUCAUCUACCUCAAGGAAGCCAAACGUUUAAACCCACGCCAGUACAGAUGGUCUCUUUUCUUUUCUCGGUUUAAUUUCCUGAUCUCUUACAGACCCGGUACAAAGAAUACCAAACCCGACGCACUCUCCAGACAAUAUGCUCCAGACCGGGAUAACCCACCAUCGACCAUCCUUCCCUCCAACUGUGUGGUAGGGAGCGUCACCUGGGAGAUCCGGGAGCAGGUACUGGAGGCCCUUAAGACUGACCCUGGUCCAGACAACGGCCCCCCGGGUAAACUGUUUGUUCCCCAAUCUGUUAGAGGCAAGGUCAUUCACUGGGCUCAUGCUGGUCGGUUCUCCUUACAUCCGGGGGUGGCACGCACUGUGGCCCUUAUUAAACGUACAUUUUGGUGGCCGUCCAUUUUUAAAGAUACCAAGGACUAUGUUUCUGGUUGUCACACCUGUUCCCAACACAAGGGGGACCAUCGCCUCCCAGCCGGUCUACUCCAGCCUCUGCCUACUCCCUCACGGCCUUGGUCGCACAUCGCCCUGGACUUCGUCUGUGGUCUCCCCAUCUCCCACGGUUUCACCUCCAUUCUUACCAUAGUCGACCGGUUUUCAAAGGCUUGCCACCUGGUGCCCCUUAAAUCUCUCCCUUCAUCCACAGGCACAGCGCAGCUCCUGGUUAAGCAUGUGUUCCGUCUCCAUGGCAUCCCGGAGGAGAUCCUGUCGGAUCGGGGUCCGCAGUUCGUGUCCCAAGUAUGGAGGGAGUUCGCAGAGGCCUUGGGGGCGAAAGUGGCACUUACCUCCGGACACAACCCCCAAACCAACGGCCAAUGCGAACGGAUGAACCAGGAGCUGGGGGCCAUGCUGCGCUGUGUCUGCUCCAUUCACCCGUCGUCCUGGAGCACCCAUCUUCCCUGGGUGGAGUAUGCCCAUAACAGCCACAUCUCUACAGCUACAGGUCAGUCCCCGUUUGAGGCUUCCCUUGGUUUUCAACCCUCGCUUUUCCCCGCACAAUCUACGCCUGGCUCCUCCGUUCCCCAAUUCCUCCGUUGUGCCCGUCGUGCCUGGACCACCACCAGGGCGGCGCUGGAUCGCACUGCACAGAGGAACAAGCAGAUAGCUGAUCGCCGACGGCGUCCGGCCCCAGUCUACGUCCCAGGGCAGUCUGUGUGGUUAUCGUCCAGGAACAUUCCACUGAAGGCCUCUUCCCGUAAGUUAUCUCCCCGGUUCAUUGGUCCCUUUAAAGUUUUGGCUGUUCCGUCCCCCACUACGGUCCGCCUGGACCUCCCUCGGACCCUACGUGUGCACCCGGUGUUCCACGUCUCCCUGGUCAAGCCUGUGGUCACUAGUCCUCUCUGUCCCGUGCCUGCACCUCCUCCUCCGGCUCGCCUGCACCAGGGGGACUUGAUCUACACGGUUCGCAGGAUCCUGGACUCCCGUCCCCGCGGUCGGGGUAUGCAGUACCUUGUGGACUGGGAGGGCUACGGUCCCGAGGAACGCUCCUGGGUGCCACGCUCUGCCAUCCUGGAUCCUUCCCUCAUUCGGGAUUAUGAGGCUGCUGCGGCUAGGACGCCUGGAGGCGUCCGUUGAGGGGGGGGGGG